GAAAGAAAAAUUGCAGCUUUCUUCUUCUACUUCGCUUUUAUUUUUUUCCUUCUUCUCUGACACUCCAGCUUCCUUCUUCUCGCAAAUCGUCAAAUCAAAGUAGAGUGGUGAAUCGGAAAAUGACGCAGUCCUCCGUCGAUUUACCGCCAAAAGGUGGGUUCAGCUUCGAUCUGUGCAAAAGGAAUGAUAUGCUUAAACAGAAGGGUCUCAAAGCCCCAGGGUUUCUGAAGACUGGAACAACUAUCGUUGGUUUGAUUUUCCAGGAUGGUGUGAUACUUGGAGCUGAUACACGGGCAACUGAAGGGCCCAUUGUGGCUGAUAAGAACUGUGAGAAGAUUCACUAUAUGGCACCAAACAUUUACUGUUGUGGUGCAGGAACCGCUGCUGACACCGAAGCAGUAACUGAUAUGGUCAGCUCACAGUUGCGGUUACAUAGGUUCCAGACUGGCCGAGACUCUCGGGUCAUUACUGCUUUGACCCUUCUCAAGAAACACCUUUUCAGCUAUCAAGGCCAUGUCUCAGCUGCUCUUGUGCUUGGUGGAGUUGAUAUCACCGGGCCUCAUCUUCAUACCAUUUACCCCCACGGUUCCACGGACACUCUACCAUUCGCUACAAUGGGUUCUGGUUCUCUUGCUGCUAUGGCAGUGUUUGAGGCAAAGUAUAAAGAAGGUCUAACUAGAGACGAAGGAAUCAAGUUGGUCGCUGAAGCCAUAUGCUCUGGUAUAUUCAACGACUUGGGUAGUGGUAGCAAUGUGGAUAUCUGUGUGAUCACAAAGGGGCACAAAGAAUACCUGAGGAAUUACAUGGAGCCAAACCCAAGAACCUAUGUUAGCAGCAAAGGCUAUUCAUUCACCAAGAAAACUGAGGUUUUACUCACCAAAAUCACACCAUUAUCGGAGCGAGUCGAAGUUGUAGAAGUGGCUGGUGAAGCUAUGGAGGAAUGAAUCUCAGUCAUGUGACAUCACUAUUCUACCUUGUGUCUGCAUCACAUCUUUUGUACUUUGUCUACUAUUUUUUUUUAAAUCGAAUUUUUUUUUUGCAUCUGUUUCUUCUUUGGAUUUGACUUGAGCCUAUGGUAAUGAAUGAAUCGGAUUUGCAAUUUAGUAGCAAGGAGAUUCUCACAUCA